CUUGCGAGCGCUGGUCCAGCUUGCUGGACUUCUCCAGCUUCAGCCUUCACGGUUCACCACGGAUGUCACCAGCGUUUUCAGCGACUUUGCAUCGACUCGAUCACACUGACAGCGUAGAGCUUGAAGGUUCGAAGAGAGGGGUUGCACCCAGUUGCACCUGCGAAUGAUCCGCUGCUCUUCACAAAGCUGGUUCUGUGUUUAGAUCUAGCAAAACCGAUAAGUUUCUCACUCCGACACAGCUGGUAGACUUUUCUUGCUGAAAGCGGUGCCGCAUCAUGACUGCUAAGGAGGAGAUUCUUCAGAGUCUCCGUGAUGCAACUGGGCUGCAAUUGUCCGAUGACCAUCUGACGAUCCUCAUUGCUUCCGCGGUGGUGUUCCUGACGGCUCUCUUUGUGUGGGCGCUGACUCCACGAAAGGCAAAGCGCAAGUAUGCCCUUGACCCCGAGUCGUGGACCAAGUUUCAGAUGGUCAAAAAGGAGCACGUCAGCCACAACUCACGGCGCUUCCGGUUCGCUCUCCAAACAGAGGAGACGAUACUUGGCCUGCCGAUCGGCCAGCACAUCUCAAUACAGGGGGUAGAUGAGGAGGGCAAAGAGUUCAGCCGCCCAUACACGCCCACAACGUUGGACGACGAUGUUGGCCACUUCGAGCUCGUCAUCAAGGUGUAUCCGCAGGGGAAGAUGUCGCAAUGCCUGGAGAAGCUGUCUGUCGGAACGUACGUUCCGUUCAAGGGGCCGAAGGGCCGUUUCACGUACACUUCGGGGCAAGUACGGGAGUUUGGGAUGCUUGCGGGAGGAACCGGGAUCACACCGAUGUUCCAGGUCCUGAAAUUCAUCUUGAAGGACCCGUCUGACAACACGAAAGUAAAGCUCAUUUACGCGAACAUCUCGUUAGGGGACAUUCUUUUGAAGGACGAACUAGACUCGUUUGCGAAGCUGCAUCCGAACAAGUUCAGCAUAUACUACGUUCUGAAUGACCCGCCGCCAGGGUGGACCGGCGGUGUCGGCUUCGUUUCCGCGGACAUGAUCAAAGCGCACUUGCCAGCACCAGCGGAAGAUGUCAAGAUUUUGCGAUGCGGCCCGCCUCCGAUGAACAAGGCCAUGGCUGCCCACUUGGACGCACUCGGCUACUCCAAGGAGAUGCAAUUCCAGUUCUAGACACAAAGGAAGUUUUGGCUGCUGACCAGGCUAAUAACCAGACUUGAAACUGGGGUUGCCGAAAUGAUGACCGGGCCUUGACUUCGUUCCAAGGUUGCUUGCCGCCCAAGUCUGGUUUCUGGUGGUUAUAAGCACUUCGUAACGAGGUUCAUAACCAUCCAUGGUUAAGUGCUGAAACCUCCUGUGACAAGAGACGUUGCUUUCUUCCAGUAACGGUCUGGUGCCCAAACAAACCGAAUUCCACUGGAGACACUAAUUUCAAAGCUUUUGCAAAUGACGAUUGGUUGGGAAGGCGUACUGACAUUGAAACGUGCAGAGUAGUCGUUCGGCUCCGGGGCGGCUUCUGCCUGGCUUGUUCUGGUUCAGGUGAUGACUGUGUUUGCUUCAACAUAGGCUCGAUAUCUUUGCAAGCCGGAAACUUUCGCGAACAUCCGCUAUUCAAGCUAGACACUAGGUGGCCCAGUACGUGCUGGAAAUCACAAACCACUUGAAUGCGGCGGCCUCUUGAGGGGUUUGUGGCACCAACAUACUCGAUAGCUGCAUGACUUCUUGGAUUCUCGGACAUAAGGUUCGAUAAUCGAGAUUGACAGGAGACGAUAUAAAAGACUAGCAACAUACUCCGAGUACUUGAUCACCCG